CAGCCGCCGCCGCCGCCGCCGCCACGAGCUGUCCCUGCGGCUCGCCUGCCGCGGCAGGGCCGGCCGCACUGCGCUCCGGCGCCCCGCGCGUCCCCGGCCUCGGCCCCGGCGUGGGGGCGCCGGGCCCGCGCGUGCGCAGCGCGGGAGGGGGCGCGGGCUGGGACCCCCGGCCGGCGCGUGCGCGCACGGAGCCUGGGCGGCGGGCGGGCAUCCGGAUGAGUCUCCGCGCGCUGUGGCACCACUAAGGAGGAGGCCGGGGGCCAAAGGGAGCGCGGACCACCCGCGCCGGGCCGGGCCAUGGCGUUCCUGGCCGGGCCGCGCCUGCUGGACUGGGCCAGCUCGCCACCGCACCUGCAGUUCAACAAGUUCGUGCUGACGGGCUACCGGCCGGCCAGCAGCGGCUCCGGCUGUCUGCGCAGCCUCUUCUACCUGCACAACGAGCUGGGCAACAUCUACACGCACGGGCUGGCCUUGCUAGGCUUCCUGGUGCUGCUGCCAGCGACCAUGCCGUGGGGUCAGCUGGGCGAGGGCGGCUGGCUGGGGGGCACGCACUGUGUGGCCUGCCUGGCACCCCCCGCAGGCUCCGUGCUGUACCACCUCUUCAUGUGCCACCAAGGGGGCAGUGCUGUAUACACGCGACUCCUUGCCCUGGAUAUGUGUGGGGUCUGCCUCGUCAACACCCUCGGGGCUCUGCCCAUCAUCCACUGUACCCUGGCCUGUAGGCCCUGGCUUCGCCCAGCCGCUCUGCUGGGCUACACCGUCCUGUCGGGUGUGGCCGGCUGGCGGGCCCUCACGGCUCCCUCCACCAGUGCCCGGCUCCGCGCCUUCGGCUGGCAGGCUGCGGCCCGCCUCCUGGUGUUUGGGGCCCGGGGAAUGGGGCUGGGCUCCGGGGCUCCAGGCUCCCUACCCUGCUACCUGCGCAUGGAUGCGCUGGCACUGCUCGGGGGGCUGGUGAACGUGGCCCGCCUGCCGGAGCGCUGGGGACCCGGCCGCUUCGACUACUGGGGCAACUCCCACCAGAUCAUGCACCUGCUCAGCGUGGGCUCCAUCCUCCAGCUGCACGCCGGCGUCGUGCCCGACCUGCUCUGGGCUGCCCACCACGCCUGUCCCCCAGACUGAGCCACCUCCCGCCUGCCACGCUGGCCUCCCGACAGUCCUCUGGAACCAAUAGUGUGUCACUCCUGCUGCUGGUCUUGGAGGGGCCGAUGGCCUGGAUGCUUCCAGCAAGCAGGACUUCCCAGCUGGGAGCCCUCAUCUGUUCGUCCGUUUUUCCCUGUGGACUAACCUCUUCUACUCAUACCUCGGAGCUCUGGCUUUCUCUCCCUGCUGCCUUCCUUCAGGGUACCGUCCGGGUAGGCUAGAAGGAACCCUUUCCUUCCUAGGCCUCAGUUUAUCCUUUGUGACCUAUGAGGGCAUGGCUGGAGGGACUCCGGGGUCAUGUCUGGCUCUGACAGUUGGAACCCUACCAGCCCAGAGCCAUGAGCCCACUCUGCCCCACACAUAAGCUAUCUUAUGGGUGCCUGGCCCAGCCUUCA